AAGCCAAAGGGGGUCAUUUUCAGUUUGUUUUUGGGGAUUCAAAGUAAAUAUAUUAGCUUGUUUUGAUUGUUUGAAUGAGUUGGUAGCAAAAUGGGUUCUAAAGUUUGAUUCUUCUGAUUGUUGGCUGUUUUGAUUCAUGGAUUGUUGAGAUAAAUCAGGGAGUUUAUGGGAUUAGUAUUGGUGGGUUAAUUUUUGGAGUUGAGAAUUUGAAAGAAAUCAUGGCUACUCUUUUAAGAAAAAUCCUUCCUUUUGAGAAAUCAUCUCCUGUAGAUGAUGAUAUUAGCAUUGAAUACUCUUUUGCUAUUGAGUACCAUGGUCCUCCGAUCACUUCUGAUAUCCCGAAGUUGGUUCCGUUGGACGUUGACCGCCUCCCGACGGCUGCUGAAGUUUCCUCUUCCUUUUCUUUAAAUGAUAUUCCAUUGCCGGUUAUCCAACCAAUUGUCAAGAUCAAUCCAGUGAACCAGAAACCACCCAGAGACAAAAGAUUUGCCUCUAAAUCUGGCUCAGCUGGAAAAUCCAUCGUUCAUCCCGGUUUGUCGAAUGAAUUAUCGGUCACUGUUCAUAGUUUGGAUUCAUUAAGUAAGGGAAUCGAUGAUGGUCAUGGUGGAGUAGGAAAUUAUGAAAUUCAGGAGAUUUCUGAUGUUAACAAUGAGACUCCUGGCCAUGUCAGAAGACCAUCUGUUGUAACGUUCCGGGAACCCGAAUCAUGCGACGUGGAAGAAUCCGACUAUACCGAGACAGAAAGCAUCAUCGGUGAUGAACAACCUGUUGCACGGAACGGCAAAAAGGGGUCGUGUUAUAGGUGCUUAAAGGGAAACCGGUUUACAGAGAAAGAGAUAUGCAUUGUCUGUAAUGCUAAGUAUUGUUAUAAGUGUGUAUUGAGAACAAUGGGGUCGAUGCCAGAGGGAAGAAAAUGUAUUACUUGCAUAGGUAAGAAGAUACAUGAGUCAAGGCGAGAAAGUCUCGGAAAACGUUCUCGGCUUCUCAAGCAGCUGAUCGGUGAGUUGGAAGUUCAAAGGGUAAUGAGGUCGGAGAAGGCCUGUGAGGCUAACCAGCUACCACCUCAGCAGGUAUUCGUGAAUGGAGAGCCAUUGACUCAAGAUGAGUUGCAGGUUUUGCAGACCUGCCAAAACCCACCUUUGAAGCUAAAACCCGGAUUCUAUUGGUAUGAUAAAUUGUCCGGAUUCUGGGGAAAGGAAGGACAUGGGCCAUGCCAGAUUAUUACUGCCCAACUAAAUGCUGGAGCUCACAUCAAGAGAGAUGCUAGCAAUGGAAAUACGAGAAUAAUUGUAAAUAAUCGGGUGAUUACUAAAAAAGAGCUGUGGAUGCUGCAGUUAGCAGGAGUUCACUGUGAAGGAAAUCCUAGCUAUUGGCUGAGUGCCGAUGGAUCCUACCAGGAAGAGGGUCAGAAUAAUAUAAAGGGGCCAAUAUGGAACAAGAUGGGGAUCAAGCUUUUUUGCGCUCUCUUGUCUUUGCCGGUUCCUCCUAAUACCGUAAAUCCUGCUGGGGAGGAUGCCAGUCAGAUAGGUCGAGAGAAACAAGUACUUCCCAAAAUUCUUCUAGUUGGGUAUCCAAAGUCCGGCUCGAGAACGAUAUAUAAGCAGGCCAAGAUCCUGUAUAAUAAUUCUUUCUCUGAAAACGAACGCCAAAGUAUCAAAUCGAUGAUCCAAAGCAAUUUGUAUGGCUAUCUUGCUAUAUUGCUUCAGGGGCGAGAACAAUUUGAAGAAGAAAUAUUUCAGGAGGAUAGAAAAAGACAUAUUGCUGAAGGAUCUGGUUCACCAGGUGGUGCAAGCCAGAUUGAUGGCAAAACAAAAUAUUCCAUUUCCCCAAGAUUGAAAGCUUUCUCGGAUUGGCUCGUCCAAGUGAUGGUGUCUGGAAAUUUGGAAGUCAUCUUCCCCGCUGCUACUCGUGACUAUGCACCAUUUAUUGGGGAGCUGUGGAAUGAUGCAGCCUUUCAGGCCACGUAUAACCGGAGGCACAAACUAGAAAUGCUGCCUAGAAUUGCUACUUAUUUCCUAGAACGGGCUGUUGAGAUCUCAAGGACAGAUUAUGAGCCGUCCGACAUGGAUAUCUUGUAUGCCGAGGGAAUUUCAUCAUCGAAUGGACUCUCUUGCAUGGAAUUCUCUUUCCCCCCAAUAGAACGAGAAAUCGCUAUUGAUGGUUAUCAGCAUGAUCCAUCAGCAAGGUACCAACUUAUUAGACUGCAUCACAGUAGCCUCGGGGAGAAAUGUAAAUGGUUGGAAAUGUUUGAAGACGUCGAUUUUGUCCUAUUUUCUGUCUCGUUGACCGACUAUGAUGAGUUUUCAUUAGACAGUAAUGGAGUUCUCACAAACAAAAUGUUGGCAAGCAAGCAAUUGUUUGAAAGUAUAGUCACCCAUCCAACCUUUGAGAAAAAGAACUUCCUUCUAUUACUCAACAAAGAUGACCUGCUUGAGGAAAAGAUCGAGCACGUCCCUCUCACUCGAUGUGAAUGGUUCCACGACUUCAAUCCAGUUAUUGGCCAUAAUCAAUACAACAACUGCAGCAGUAGUAUAAAUAAUCACACCACGCUAUCGCAGAGUGCGUUCCAGUACAUCGCUACGAAGUUCAAGAGAUUGUUCAAUUCUCUUACUGAUCGUAAGUUGUACGUUUCAAUGGUUACCGGUUUGGAGCCUGAUUCUGUUGAUGAAGCUUUAAGGUACAGCAGGCACAUUCUUAAGUGGAACGAAACCGAAAAUAGCUUAGUUAACACCGAGAUGUCAUCUACGGAUAUUGAGGCAAGCUCAACCUCAUGAACCGCCUCAUGAACCGAUUUUUUUCUUCUUCAAAUUGUAAAAUUGAUGAAACCCCAGUUGAAAUUAGAUGUAGGAAAAACAGAUUCUUUGCAUAGAACUCAAUUGAGAAGCAAUAUAUAUGAUUUAUUCUUCAGAAA